AUGGCUUGGGUGAUGGUUUGGUGGCUCGGUUGGUGGGUUGUGGCUCGGGGCUUAGAUGAUUGGGGGGGAGAAGAGUGUGGUUGGCUAGGUGAUGGUUUGGUGGCUGGGUUGGUGGGGUGUGCUGGUGUGGGUGGUGCAAUAAGGAAGAUGGUGGUUUCUGGACAAAGGGUGAGGCUGCCUUGUUUGCUUAAUGUUUUUAUUUUAUUUAUUUAUUAG